CCUGCAAGAGGCGGGAGGGCGGUGUUGUCCGUCGAAGGCCUCGCUCGGUGUUUUGGCGGCAGCGGCGGCGGCGCUGCUUCUUGCCGCCAUGGGCUUCCUGCGGCUCAUCGAGAUCGAGAACUUCAAGUCGUACAAAGGCCGACAGAUCAUCGGGCCCUUCAAGAAGUUCACGGCCAUCAUCGGACCCAAUGGCUCGGGCAAAUCAAACCUCAUGGACGCCAUCAGCUUUGUACUGGCAGAGAAGACGAGUAACCUGAGGGUGAAGACGCUGAAGGACCUGAUCCAUGGUGCUCCAGUGGGAAAACCGGCAGCCAACCGUGCCCUGGUCAGCAUGGUGUAUGCUGAAGACUCUGGUGAUGAUAAGGUGUUCACCAGGGUGAUUGUGGGUGCUUCAUCGGAGUACAGGAUCAACAACAAGGUGGUGCCCCUGCAGGACUACAGUGAGCAGCUGGAGAAACUGGGAAUUCUCAUCAAAGCCCGUAACUUCUUAGUGUUUCAGGGUGCGGUGGAGUCCAUCGCCAUGAAGAAUCCCAAAGAACGGACUGCCCUCUUUGAGGAGAUCAGCCGCUCGGGGGAGCUGGCCCAGGAGUACGACAAGAGGAAGAAGGAGAUGGUGAAAGCCGAGGAGGACACGCAGUUUAACUAUCACCGGAAGAAGAACAUCGCGGCAGAGCGCAAAGAAGCCAAGCAGGAGAAGGAGGAGGCAGAACGUUACCAGCGCCUGAAGGACGAGCUGGCUCGUGCGCAGGUCCAGCUGCAGCUCUUCAAGCUCUACCACAACGAAUCGGAGAUCGAGCGAUUGAGCAAAGACCUCGCUUCCCGCAACAAGGAGAUUGAGAAGGACAAGAAACGCAUGGACAAGGUGGAAGAGGAGAUGAAGGUGCAGAAGAAGGAAGUCGGCAAGUUGAUCAGGGAGCAGCAGCAGAUCGAGAAAGAAAUCAAGGAGAAGGAUGCCGAAUUAAACCAGAAGCGACCACAGUACAUCAAGGCCAAGGAGAACACGUCGCACAAGAUCAAGAAGCUGGAGUCGGCCAAGAAAUCACUGCAGAACGCGCAGAAGCAGUACAAGAAGCGUAAGGCAGACAUGGACGAGCUGGACCAGGAGAUGCUGUCUGUGGAGAAGGCCCGGCAGGAGUUUGAAGAGCGCAUGGAGGAGGAGAGCCAGAGUGAAGGACGGGAUCUGCAACUCGAGGAGAACCAGGUGAAGAAGUACCACCGGCUGAAAGAGGAGGCCAGCAAGAGAGCAGCUACACUUGCUCAAGAGCUGGAGAAGUUCAACCGGGACCAGAAGGCUGACCAGGACCGGCUGGACUUGGAGGAGAGGAAGAAAGUGGAGACAGAGGCCAAAAUCAAGCAGAAAGUUCGAGAGAUUGAAGAGAAUCAGAAGAGAAUUGAAAAGCUGGAAGAUUACAUCAACACCAGCAAGCAGUCGCUAGAUGAGCAGCAGGCACAGGAGACGAAGCUGACUGAGGAAGUGGAGGCAGCGAAGCGACGCAUCGAUGAGAUUAACAUGGAACUGAACCAGGUCAUGGAGCAGCUAGGUGACGCUCGCAUUGAUCGGCAGGAGAGCAGUCGGCAGCAGCGUAAGGCGGAGAUCAUGGAGAGCAUUAAACGCCUCUACCCAGGCUCUGUGUAUGGCCGUCUGAUUGAUCUGUGCCAGCCCACACAGAAGAAAUACCAGAUUGCGGUCACCAAGGUGCUUGGGAAGAACAUGGAUGCGAUUAUUGUGGACACAGAGAAGACUGGCAGGGACUGCAUUCAAUACAUCAAGGAGCAGCGGGGCGAGCCGGAGACCUUCCUGCCUCUUGACUACCUAGAGGUGAAGCCCACUGAUGAAAAGCUCAGAGAGCUGCGAGGGGCCAAACUGGUGAUAGAUGUUAUCCGUUAUGAGCCGCCACAUAUUAAGAAAGCGCUACAGUACGCUUGCGGGAAUGCACUUGUGUGCGACAACGUGGAGGAUGCCAGGAGAAUCGCCUUUGGGGGUCCACAGCGGCACAAGACCGUUGCUUUGGAUGGGACCCUGUUCCAGAAAUCCGGUGUGAUAUCAGGAGGUGCUAGCGACCUGAAGGCCAAGGCUCGGCGCUGGGAUGAGAAGGCGGUGGAGAAGCUGAAGAGCAAGAAGGAGAAGCUGACCGAAGAGCUUAAGGAGCAAAUGAAGAUUAAACGAAAGGAGGCCGAACUGCGGCAGGUGCAGUCGCAGGCUCACGGGCUCCAGAUGAGAUUGAAGUAUUCACAGAGUGACCUGGAUCAGACCAAAACACGGCAUCUCUCACUGAAUAUGCAGGAGAAAUCCAAGCUGGAGAGUGAACUGGCAAACUUCGGACCAAAAAUUAAUGACAUCAAACGCACGGUGCAGGCCCGGGACCGCGAGAUGAAGGAACUGAAAGAGAAGAUGAACCAGGUGGAGGAUGAGGUGUUUGAGGAAUUCUGUCGAGAAAUUGGGGUGAGGAACAUCAGGGAGUUUGAAGAGGAGAAGGUGAAAAGACAGAAUGAGAUAGCCAAGAAGAGACUGGAGUUUGAGAACCAGAAGACAAGACUGGGGAUCCAACUCGACUAUGAGCGGCAACAGCUGAAGGAGGAUCAGGAUAAGGUGCACAUGUGGGAACAAACAGUGAAGAAGGAUGAGAAUGAGAUCGAAAAACUGAAAAAGGAGGAGCACAGGCACAUGAAGAUCAUUGACGAGACUAUGGCCCAGCUUCAGGACCUGAAGAACCAGCACCUUGCCAAAAAGUCUGAGGUCAGCGACAAGAACCACGAGAUGGACGACAUCCGCAAGAAGCUCGGAGGAGCCAACAAGGAGAUGACCCAGCUCCAGAAGGAGGUGACUGCCAUCGAGACCAAACUGGAGCAGAAGCGCAGUGACCGCCACAACCUGCUGCAGAGCUGCAAGAUGCAGGACAUCAAACUGCCCCUGCGCCAGGGGAGCAUGGACGAUAUCAGUCAGGAAGAGGGCGAAUUGCAGUCCGAAGACACAGGAAACAGUUCACAGAGGGCCUCAAAUGUGUGUGCACGCGAGGCCAUGAUUGAGAUAGACUACAGUGAGCUGUCUGAGGAUCUGAAGGACGCAUUAGCGGAAGACGAGGUCAAGAUAGAAUUGAAUAGCCUGCAGCAGAAAGUGACAGAGCACCAGAAUAUCCUGCAACGGAUUGCUGCGCCCAAUAUGAAGGCCAUGGAGAAGCUGGAUAGCGUGCGGGAUAAAUUCCAGGAGACCUCAGAAGAGUUUGAGGCAGCGAGAAAACGAGCCAAAAAGGCCAAGCAGGCAUUUGAGCAGAUAAAGAAAGAGCGUUUUGACCGCUUCAAUGCCUGUUUCGAAGCCGUGGCCACCAACAUUGAUGAGAUUUACAAGGCUCUCUCGCGGAACAGUAGUGCACAGGCAUUCUUGGGCCCGGAGAACCCGGAAGAGCCUUAUCUGGAUGGGAUCAACUACAACUGUGUGGCUCCGGGGAAGCGGUUCAGGCCCAUGGAUAACCUGUCUGGAGGGGAGAAGACAGUGGCAGCCUUGGCGCUGUUGUUUGCCAUCCACAGCUAUAAGCCAGCCCCGUUCUUCGUUCUGGAUGAGAUUGAUGCUGCUCUUGACAAUACAAACAUUGGGAAGGUUGCCAACUACAUUAAGGAGCAGUCCAUGUCUAACUUUCAGGCUGUGGUCAUUUCCCUAAAAGAGGAAUUCUACACCAAGGCCGAUGCGCUCAUCGGAGUCUACCCUGAGCAAGGGGACUGCGUCAUCAGCAAAGUGCUGACCUUCGACCUGACUGGGUUCCCAGAGGCUGGCCCAUCACCCAACGAGUAACCCUCAGGGGGAGGAAUGAUUGCGGGUGGGAAGGGGGUUGGGUUUGAUUGUGGGAAUUUGGGCAUGCAGUGCUUCAUUCACCUGGCACCGUGUGUCAAGCAAUCAAUCCUUGUCCCCAUGAGGUGGGGAGACUGAGCUUUUCAUUUUUAAUCCCCUCUGCUUUGUGCUGACUCCUCUCUCUGUCUCUCUCUCUCUCACUGUCUCUCUCUCUGUCUCUCUCUCUCUGUCUCUCUCUCUCUGUCUCUGUCAGCCUGUUUCUCUCUGUUUCUGUGUGUGAAUCUGUCUUUCUCUCUCUGUCUCGUCCCAGUACUUUUGCUGUGUGCCUCACGCAUUGAGGGCUGGGUUGGGAAAGGGAAGGAUGCUGUUCGGUGUUUCCCUUUGUCCGUAGUUCCCUUGAUCGCAAGCCAGAGAGGCUUGAGGGUUUGAGGCCUCUGCUAGCCCCAGUCUCCAGCUGUACAAUCCAGCUCACUACUCCUGAUAUAGGGAUUCUGACCUUCAGACUGCCUGUUAAGAAGCAGUGUGUUAACACCACCCCCACCCACCUUUCAGCUUCCCCAAACCCCACCUCAGGGCGUGGCAUCGUUGAGCCCCUGGGCCCUGUUCAAAGUGAGGCACAGACCAAGCGUCCUGCGGGAGGGAUGUCUUUUAUUCUCUGAACAGUGAGCUUUCAAAAAAAUGCCAGUCUGUGUAGCUAACUGCCCCCUUAAUUUAUUUGUUGGAAAGCGAGUGCAGCAGAUUUGAUGAGCUUUGUUUACUGCUUCUGGGGUCAAGCAGCCUUAGUUCCCUUGGGUUUUUUUUGGAGUGGUGACGUUUCCCACUUUAGGCUGUGGGUGUGAAAUCUUACCUCUGGUGAUUGCAUCUCCCUUAACAUCGGAGCCAGCAUGCUCACGUGGCUGGACAUAUGCCUGAAAUUCCUGAAGGUAUCUUUGCCAGAGUUAGUUGGAGUUUGAAAGUAGUGGAAAGGGCCGAGAGAAACUGAAAGGAAGAGACAGAGCGAUGAUUGCACUGUUUUGUUUUCUUUGUCCUUUGCAGCAGGGACUAGAAUCGUGAAUGAGAAGCAGCUGUUUAAUUUGCUGAGCUCCUAAAUUUACCGUCCACACGGGCAGCAUCCAAGUGGGCGUUGAGCGUCCAAGUGAGUAGGGAGAGAGGAGAGCCAGCACUCUGAAUGCCUUUUAUCACCCUCCACCCUUUACAGGGUGUAAUCCCGGAGCUGUGCAGGAGCAGGAGGUUGUGAUUCUGUCUCUGAACCUCUGACGGACUCUGGAAGUACCUGUCUGAUGGUGUUUCACCAGUUGCCGUGCCUAGACAACCUGCUCCCACCAUCACCACCACCACCACACACAUGCACCCAGCUCUCCACUGGCAAGCAACAGCCUCCAGCAGUGCAACACACGAGCACUGCCGCCUGUCAGAGACGGGAGCGUUGUUUAUUUUGGGGACCUUCUAUUCUUGCACCUGCCCCUCCCUCUCUCUGUGUGUCUCUCUCUCUCUCUCUCUCUCUCUCUCUCUCUGUAUAUCUGUCUCGCUCUCUCUCUCGGUGUCUCUCUCUCUCUCUCUCUCGGUGUCUGUCUCUCUCUCUCGGUGUCUCUGUCCCUCUGUCUGUGUCUGUCUCUCGCUCUGUCUUCUCCCCCACCCUGACCCCACCAGGAAACAGACCCUGUAGCUGCCAGCGACUUGUCCUUAAAUUUGCAUGGUCUGUGGCACUCUCCUAGAUUUGGCAGGAGUGUGGAGGAUCUCGGGAUGGUAUCUGAUGAAAGAUUGACCUUCCUGUUUGCAGAAAUCUCAACUGGAUCGCUGUGAGAGGGCGUUGAAGAGACUCUUUAUGGGUGGGGGAGAGUAGAAUUGUCUCCUCUUUUAAGAUGAGAGAUGUAAAGUAUUUGAUAUGUAGCAUGUCAGGAUUACUGCUUGCUCGCUGCAGUGUGGUUCGGGCAGCUGUUUUUGUUGACUUGUUGAAACUCCUCGUAAUAGUAUCUGGAAAUCAAUUUCCUCUUCUUUUUAGCAAGAAUCACGUUAGACCGCUUUUCUUUGUGAUAGUGCUGUGCAAAAUCAUGUUUCUGUUUUACCCUGAAAGCACCCAAUAAAAUGUAUACUUUUAAUUUGA